AGGAGGCAUGUCUGGAAGCAGCAGUGGUUCCAGCACCAGCAGCAGCCCCCAAAAGCGUGUGUACUUGGAUUUCAAUGCCACCACACCACUGGCUCCAGAGGUGAUCCAGGCAGUAGAGCAGAGCAUGCAUGAAGCCUGGGGUAAUCCAAGCUCUGAUCAUGAGGAGGGAGCAAGAGCUAGGGCUGUCAUCAAUCAGGCUCGGGAUGAUGUGGCCCGGAUGAUUGGGGCCAUGCCACAAGAUGUCCUGUUCAUGUCUGGUGGGACAGAGGCCAAUAAUGUUGUUCUUCAUUGUGCUGUAACACACUUCCGUAAGUGGUGCCUCUCCCAAGACAGUCCCAUCUAUCAUCACCUUCGACCACACAUCAUCACCACCAAGGUGGAACAUGAUGCUGUCAAACUACCCCUCACCCACAGAUAUGCCAUUGAAGCAGAUGUAACAUAUCUUGGGGUAGAGAACCUCCCAGAAGCAGUGUUGGAAUCUAUCCGGCCAUCUACUUGCCUCAUCACAGUCAUGUUGGCUAACAAUGAGACUGGCAUCAUGUUUUCUGUUGCGCACAUUGGCAGGUUAUUAGCAGAAGUUAAUAAGAAGAGAGAAAAUGAGGGCUUGUUCAAGGUUCUCCUACAUACAGAUGCUGCACAAGCCAUCGGGAAGGUUCCUGUUGAUGUCACAGAUCUCAACAUUGACUACUUAACAAUAGUGGGACACAAGUAUUAUGGGCCUCGGAUUGGUGCGCUUUAUAUCCGUGGGCUUGGACACAAGACUCCAGUCUAUCCCCUCUUCUAUGGAGGAGGGCAAGAACGGGGAUACCGGCCUGGCACAGAGAACACUCCCAUGAUUGCUGGCCUGGGGCGUGCAUCACUCUUGGUUCACAACAAUGUUCAAGACUACUAUACAUCAAUGAAGAAAACAAGAAACUACAUGGAAAGACAGUUAAAGAAAGUAUUUGGCAAUCAAGUCAAAAUCAACUGUGUAGAUCCAUGCAUACCAAUGGACCCAGAAGCUUGUUCAGUGCCUCCCCGCGGCCCCAAGCAGCAGCACUUUAUCUUUCCACGUCUCCCAAACACAUCCUCCGUCUCCUUCUACUAUAGACAGGUAUCAGGACCUGAGAUUUUGAGGCAUUGCAGACUGGUGCAGGCCAGCUGUGGAGCUGCUUGCCAUGCCCAUACAGAAAAUCAGAGUAUCCUAGAGGCAUCUGGUGUGUGCUCCUUCCAUGCUUCUCGUACCAUCCGCCUCAGCUUAGGCCGAGACACCACUAUGGAGGAGAUAGACCUGGCCAUCCAAGAUGUUAAACAGGCUAUUGAAAAACUGAUUGGACGGUCAGUAUAAGUAGCAUUGAAAAUUUUAAUGCAUUUCCAUUUUUACAUAUGCAUACAAAUUCUGGGGGACUGUAUCACUCUAGCAUGGCGGAUGCAGACAAAAUAAGAAUGUGUACAUCAAAGAACUCUUUAUUAUUGCAGUUCAGUGGUUUUCUAAUGUAAUUUUUUAUCUACAGAAUUUUAUACCCUGAAAGGUUUUGUAGAGAUUGAUGUGUGAUACUUGAAUGCACCUUUUGUGUGUGUAAAUUUAGUUUGCUCUAGCUAUUGUUCCUUUCACUUUUGAUAUAAGUAAGUUUAAGAAAGGAGGUGUAUGAAUGCCUCAUUUUGAAAUUGUGAUAUUGAAUAGACAAGGAUUCAAGAAACUGAAAAGGCUUUGGUAGUGGUUUAUUACUUUCAGUUGAUAUCAUGAUGUAGAAUCUAUGUGCCUCCAUUACGGUUGGCACACCAAAAUAUUAUUUUUGCCAGGCAGUUGUGUACUUAAAAGCAAACUUCAAAACUUGGGUUAAGUACACAAAUUGUUGACUUUCCAUGCAGUCUGCACACAAAGAACAAAUAGAAAAA